AUUUGGUCCAAGACUUGAGCUAAUCCUGGGAUUCAUUGAGUCCUGUAUUGAAGGCAUUGGAGUCUAAGGUAUCGCUUAUUAUAUAGGAUUUUAUGAUCCAUUAGUUACCCAAUAAAAGCCGACUAAUGCAUGUCGUGAGCAAACUAUUGGCCAAAAACGGGGAAUUUGUGGCCAAUUAUGUCCGCACACCGGAUGUCAUGUCAUUGUUAAGCGACGAACAGAAACGGCAAUACAAUAUACAAUUGCAGACAAAGAGUGAAUCGCAACAAUUGGAUGAAAUACAGACCGCGUGUUCGGACAAUGGCUUAAAUGUGACCAACAUUUGUGUCAUUUUGCACACAAGCCGUGUCAACAAAUACGCCAUUAAAUGUAGGAUCUGGAAUCUCGAGCGCGAGAAACAAUCGCCAAAAUUCUGGUGGGCAUUGAUGCGAACGUAUGGCAUAGAGUUUACGAUACUUUUAACUAUAAUUGUGUUCGUGGAAUGUGUUAUACGUAUAUCGGCGCCCCUGUUGUUGGGCUUUGUGAUCGACUAUUUUGCCGGUCAAACGUACCUGACGUUUGCCGACGCCUGUAUGUCAGCCGCUGGUAUGGUAUUUGGCACUAUCCUGUCUGUGGUCAUCAUAUCACCAUGUCAAAUACGUAUUGGUCAAUUAGCGAUGCGCGUACGCGUUGCAGCCACUACUUUAAUGUAUCACAAGUUUGGUAUCUCAAUGGGUUUUCUAUUAGCUGCCCCCAUACAAACCAUCAUGGUCAUUGGCAUAACAUGGGCUUAUUUGGGUAUACCUGCUGUCAUAUCGCUGGUGUUAUUUGUACUUUACAUACCGUGUCAGAUGUUUAUAGGUAACAGGUUUAAACGAAUAAGAGCGGCAACUUCGAAGUUGACUGAUUCAAGGCUAGGGUUAAUGAACGAAAUAAUAGCCGGUAUGCGAGUGAUCAAGAUGUACACAUGGGAACAGUGGUUCAUUGAUCUAGUUAACAAAGCUAGAAACAUGGAACUCGAUAAAAUACAAAAAUCCUAUUACCUGAAAGCGGUAAACACAAUUACCUUCAUGAUAUUGACCAAGAUUAUGCUGUUUUUCAUGUUUAUCACGUUCGUAAUGACGGGCCAUACGUUGACAGUGCGGCUGGUAUUUGUCAUAAUGGCCCUGUUCAAUAUAUUGCGUUUGUCUGUCAAUCAAAUAUUUACUCACGCCAUCAAUUUCGGGGCCGAGUCGUGGGUCACGUGCCGUAGGAUUGAGGAAUUCUUGUUGCUCGAUGAAAUGGGGGACAAAAAAUCUAACUAUGAAGCUAAAAAGCACGACCAUGUUUAUACGUAUAAAUCGCUGAAUAAGGCUCGAGGUAGAGCCGAUUUUGAUCAAAACUUUACUUUGGGACGUAAGACACAAUUGCCCGCCGGGAUUGCGUUGCCCACAAAUAUCAUGGUCAAGAAUAUAUUUGCUAAAUGGAACAAGGAUAAUUAUAAACUAACACUUGAUAAUAUAUCUGUCGAAAUAAAUCCUGGCGAUUUAUUGGCUGUUAUCGGACCGGUCGGCUCAGGCAAAAGCUCAUUUUUGAUGUUAUUAUUGGGCGAACUGGAACUGAUGAGUGGGUCCAUACAUAUCAACGGCACCGUUAGUUACUCGGCUCAGGAGUCGUGGAGUUUCAACAAUAGUGUCCGAAAUAACAUAUUGUUUGGCCGCGAGUACGACGAGCGCCGGUAUCGAGAGGUUGUGAGGGUUUGCGCUCUCGAACGGGACCUCAAGAUAUUGCCGUUCGGCGACCGGACAUUAAUGGGCGAAAACGGUGUGUCUGUUAGCGGGGGUCAAAAAGCGAGAAUAACGUUAGCAAGAUCUCUGUACAGAAACGCCGACAUAUGCCUUAUGGACGACCCGUUAUCGGCUGUGGACGCGGCCGUUGCCGAACAUAUAUUUGAA